AAGCGCGGGAUACGGUGUUCUUGUUGUUAACGACCGGUCACGCUUAUUAUUACUGUUAUUAUACCUUGUGUCGUCUUGUUACCGACCCUUCACCGUCAGUCUGCGGCGACACUGCACCCAGGCAGACCAGUGUCACAAAACUACCGUCAUACCAGUCUACACACAAACUCCUGUCUCACUGUGUGUCCGUCUGUCUCUUAGUUUGUCUGUCCGUCGGUCCGUCGGUCUGUGUUGUUAUGGAUUUUCAUAAGGAUAUACCAACCCGUCCCGUGACGUCACGGCCGAGGAAAAGGAAAAGUAGCACCGCCGCGAUGAGACGGGACAACACGUGGAACGCAUCCAUGGAAACAGAACAUCCGGAAAUAUCCGAUGAUGCCAAUUUAUCAGUAUCAUACACGCCGGGCAAAAAGGGAGGCAGCUUCGGGCUGCCUCUUGGCGCGAAGAUCUCUAUCGAGGAAGGAACGUUCUUAAAGAAAGAUCAUAUAACGUGUCUGGUGUUAGCGCCGUCAGACAGAUGGCGGCAAAAUCCCCAGUUGGCCCCAGACGAGCAUAUCGCAAGUGAAUAUUUUCACCUGACGUCAUCACAUGCCACUCUGAAGAAGCCGGUCAUUGUUCAGCUGCCGUUCUACCCAAUCGACGAUCAACACAUGGAACUUAACGUCAAAGGCAAAUGGAAGGACGACACUGAUUGGAUAAACACUGGGUUUUUGAAAAAAGAGGACUCGAGUCCGCCGUGUAUCGAACUCGAGCUGACGAAACUCGGCAUCUUCGUGGUGACCUUCACUCCGAAGCGAGAGGUAUUUGACGUCACUACGCAAGGCUGCCUGUACAACGCGCGCAGGAACCGGCAAAUCAGCAUCCGCUUUCCUAAAAAGGGAAUAGACCAGAACAUACAGUGUUCAUUACAGAUAAAGCCGAUCGUUCCCGAAACGCUGCAGUUCUGUAAAGCGUGGUUCCCCACGGAAUGUCGCGAUCUAGUCACAGCCAGCGAGUUCAUCGACAUCCUGCCCAACAUAAAUCCGACCUUCAAGCGCGCAGCCACCGUCAAACUUCCGCUUCCGGCGGGGGUGGAGGUGGAGGGGGACAGCACGGAAGAUAUCGCCGUGGUGACCAGGACAGACGACCAGGGCUGGGUCCUCGUCAAGUCACACUACAGGUUCACGCGCAACUCGGUCUCGUGUGACGUCAGACACUUGUCAAGGUUCUGCGUGUGUCAGACUAGGCCGAGCAGACAGACGGCAAUGCCACGCGCCGCCUCCGUUCUGGAGUCGCGGACGAUGCAGGACAGUGUAGCGCUAUCCGUGUUCCUGUCGGUACGGGAAAAGUCGUGGCGCGUUCUCGUCGAAGCGUUUCCCGAAGACCGGGCCGAGGCGAGGAUAAACAAGCGGACGUGCGCCGGAUUCAUACACCUCAAGAGAGAGGAGCGCGGCACCGCGCAGGAGGAAAACAAGUUCUUCAACAACAGGCGCGCGCUCUCUGCCAAGGAGUGCAAGCGAAAGCCUGACACCCUGGAGGUAUUCGAGGGCCACCACUGGGAGGUGAACUUCCACGGCGACGUCAAGGUCAGCUUCGAGAGCGACUUCCACGACAACAAGGUGCUUGAGUACUUCAAGUAUCUGCCCGAGAGUUACCGGAGUUUCACGAUCGAGCCAAGGAAUAACGAAGAGAAGGCGCUGAGCGGGAUCGUCGAGCUGACUGCGGUGCACGGGGCGGGAGACAAGGAAAACGCGAAGAUACAGUUCAAGGUGAACAUAGACGAGGACGCGGUCAAGUUGUACUUCAGACCGGAAGGGUCGAACGUGUUGUCGGAACCGGAACCCGAACCCGAACCGGAGAAAGCGCAGGUCAGCUUCAGCUGCCCAGUGGUGUCGACGUCGGUGCCGGAGCCGAAGAUUGACCAAUCAGCGUCGAGAUCCAGCAGACAGAUCUCCAUUGACGUCACCGAGCGACUGACGAGGUUGCCGAGAAGAGCGAAAAUAGCUUCAACAGUUACUGUGUGUUCUAACGUUAACGCUACACGAUUGUUUGGAGGCAUUUUGGAUACAAACGCACUCGUUGAGAAAGAGUCUCGGGUUCUCAGCGGCAAGAGUUUGAUGAACAUCGCCAAGGUUGUUCAGGAAGGACUGACGCUGGCCGUUCACCUUGACCUUCCCGAUAGCACGAUCACGGGCCUCGGUUUCGACGCGAUAGCCAACGGCCUGGGCAUGGCGGACGUGACGUACAAGAUCCUACUGUACUGGAAGCGCCGCCUGAAGAACCGACGUGACGGCGCGGUCACCAUCCUGUCGUCUGCGCUGAGAGACAUGGGCAAGACGGACGUCGCCGAGCUGGUGGAGGUGCGCCACCUGGAGAACAUGGAGAUAACUUCUGACUGUUUCGAGUUUGUUAAUCAGUAACGCCUUGCCGUCCAGCGUUCUGCGCCGAGUGGGAAUACAAUUCGUUACACGUUAUUAUGUCAGCUUCAUCGGGAAGAAGAAAAAAAAACCCCCCGCCAUUCAGUGAAAGCGUCUGUGUCGGGUCUAUUUUGUUGGGACUAUUUUUUAUAUUAUUAUUAUUAUUAUAAUUUUUUUUUUAAUCACUGAAAUAGAUAAAAUAAAAUUCUAA